AUGAGCAGUGUGGGCUCGGUGACGUCAUCGCCGGCGAGAUCAUCCAUAUCGGCGGCUUUGAUGGGAUCAUCAUCGGUUGCGGCGGCAGUUGGUGGCGAUGAUUUUCACUUUCCGGCGGAUCUAAUCUCCAUUCAGGAUCGAAAAGACGAGGCCCUCCGCGUUCUCAAGUCUGAUUUAAUAGCCACUCUAAGUAAAGAGGUCAAGUCCUUGGACGAAGAUAGCUGGAUGUUUGAUGGUCCUCGCUCUCGCAUUCACCUGAUUUCACGACCGGGUGGUCUUCGACUCAAUAAUGCAGAAAUCCCCAAGCAUGAUAGGAUGGCUCCUCCAAAAUGA